AUGCCUACCGCCAGGGUGCGAUGCGACCAGGACGCUCGGAAUGCUCAGGAGUCGAGGGUGGCGACGAAGGACUGGUCGAGGGCAUCAUCGUACCGCUGUGUCUCCUGGUCCUAUCCUCCUAGACGUCCACAGCGUCCGUCAAGGAUACCCAUAUUCACACCGCUUCUCGCAGGCUCAGGUGUCUACGCCAGGCCACCGCAUUACCACGAUCUCCUUUACCGGGCGAGGCGCCGCAAGACGCCGGACAAUGUCGAGGACGAUGUGGAGCUGAGUUCGAGGCUAACUGGGGUCAACUCGGUGGAGGAUACAGUCUUGUGCUACGAACACGACGUGGGUAUCGUUGCUUCCCUCACCGACGUAGCUGCUCCCGACGAGCGGCCGCUGUUCUGCGGGACGUUGAGCGAGGGUGAUAUUGCCACGGUACAGCGCCAGUGGCACGAUCAGGUCGAGCAGCUCCUUGGUGGGAUCAGCAAGCGUCUGUCGACUUCGUUCGAGGAGAUCGUCGCCGCCGCGGGUGGGCCAGAUAGCAAGCUAUGGGACCUCAGUCUGCUCGACAGUCCGGAGCUCAGUGAGUCUGAACUGUCGACCGAGUCUGACCCGCCACCGUCUACCCCCCGCGCAUCCCCCUCCUCACUCUCGCGCAGCGCAAAGGACGGGUCCAUCGACGUCCUCCAGCCGCACCCGACGCCCCUGAGUGCAACCGCGGCCGCCUUUAUUCCCGCUGCACCGUCGCCGCCCUCCUCCGUGUCCAAGUCGCCGUCUCCGACACACGAGUUCGCCUUUCCGUCGCUCAGUGCCGACAACCCGGCGGCAUCGCCUGCUGCUAGAAAGCGCUCCCUUCUGCUUAAGGACGGCGAAGGCUUCUACCACUCCGCCGAGGCAGGCAACGAGAGCCCCCGCAGCUCGACCCCGCGCCGUGCUCGCCCCUCCGCUGAUCUCCUCCCAGCCUUCCUGGCCGAUGGCUCGAGUACGAUCCGUAGCCGGGUGCGGAAUGCGUCUCGCACCCGCGAGAUGGUUGAUCGGCUGCGGUCUGGGCGGUGGAACGGCAAGAAAGGCGAUAAGGCAAGCGCACCUAGUCUCGAGCACACACCCGAAGGCAAAGCGACCAAGGAGCGUUCAACGGAACGGGCAACGUCCUCGGAACGUAGUAGCCCGUCGUCCGGGAUGACCGCCGACGCCGAUGGCUGGAUCAGCGGGCCCUCGUCCAAGACGUCUGAUGAUGGCUGGAUCGAUGGCGUCGUGUCACCUCCUGUGCCUUCCAGUACCCCAGUCCCAACGCCCGCUCCGGCCGCGGCGAAGAGGGAGCCACGUCCCCGCACCCAGAAACACGCACACAAGCGUUCAUCGAGCAGUGCGAGCUCGCUAUCGACCGCCGCGUCCGCGCCGCCCGCGACACCCGUGCUGGCAAGCCACCCGGUGCCGGUGCCCAUACCCAACCAGGCAGGCUUCUUCCCCAUGCAACACCCUGCGCCAGCUGCGUUUCCGUACGCGCUUCCGCCGCGCACACCUGGUAUGAGUGACGCGCAGUAUCUGAUGCACAUUCAGAAGCUGCAGCACGAUCACUGGGCGAAUUACAUGCGUUACGGGGGUGCGGGAGCGUUCAUGCCCGGGCCGUACGCUGCGUAUCCGCCUGCCCCGGUACUCCCUGCGGUCUAUGGCGCCAAGUGA